AUGAUUCAAGCUUCAACGUUAGCUUUCGUUGUUCUCGCUGUUGUGUCAGUCAGCGCUUUCACACCAGCUCAAGUGAAAUUUCAACAAGAGACCUUAGCUCAUCAUAACCAACUUCGAGCUCGUCAUUGCGUUGGUGGCCUUCAACUUGAUGACAAUUUGAACAAAAUUGCUCAAGCAUACGCUAAUAAACUUGCUGCUGAAAAUAAAUUUCAACACUCACAAAACGGAUAUGGUGAAAAUCUUUACUAUAUGGGCAGUUCAGUCUCAAUCUUCGAAAAAGUCGCUGGAAGUAAAGCCACCCAAGCAUGGUAUGAUGAAAUCAAGGAUUACAACUACAAUCAACCAGGUUUCUCAGCCAAAGUCGGUCAUUUCACACAAGUUGUUUGGAAAAAUUCGAAACAACUUGGUGUUGGCAUUGCCUAUGCUGAUGGUGGACGUAAAGCUCUCGUUGUUGCUAAUUACUCACCACCAGGCAACUAUAUGGGUCAAUUUCCUCAAAAUGUACUUAAAGCUCAAUGUUAA